AUGAGUUAUAAUUAUUUAUUUAAAAUCGUAAUAAUUGGCGAUCAUAAUACGGGAAAAUCGUGCUUAUUGUUACGAUUCGCCGAGAAUACGUUUCGUUAUGAUCAUAUAACGACGUUAGGCGUUGAUUUUAAAUUAAAAACUAUUAAAAUUGGACGUGAUAAAAUUCGACUUGAAUUAUGGGAUACAGCUGGUAUGGAACGCUAUCGAACAAUAUACAAUUCAUAUUAUCAUUCAGCACAUGGCGUUAUGUGCGUUUAUGAUUUAACUGAUGAACGAUCUUUCGAGAAUCUUAAAAAUUAUUGGGUAAAGGAAGUAGAAAAGAAUGCUCCAUCAAAUGCCGUAUUAAUGCUAAUCGGUAAUAAGGCAGAUUUAGAAGAUGAGAGGAAAGUGGAAUUCGAUCAGGCCGAAUCACUUGCCAAGCAACUUGGCGUCUCCUUAUAUGAAGUAAUAAGUGCGAAAACAGGAAUCAAUUGUGAUGAAGCAUUUUAUACACUAGCGGCAGCAAUGCGUGAUCGUUUACUGGUAUCAAAUAUGCAUUCAGAUUCUGACGAUUCUUUAGAUCAUUUAACAUCUGCAUUUCACAUCGAUGGAGUGACAUUAAAUGAUAAAAGUAACCACUCUUUAUCAUCAUGUUGCUCUGGUAAACCGCCACCUGCAUAUGUUUGA